AGUGAAUUGUGAAGUUGUCACUUGUCAACACUCCAAACAUUUUGCGACUUGUUUUUGUAUCGUUCGGUUUGGGCGAUGAAAACAGACAAUAAAAUAAGCAUAAAUAGAUUGUACUUGUCGUUGUUCACAUCGUUUUACACGCAAUAUUAUUGCUUAUUCGUUUUGUGAGAUUUAGCUACCAUGGCGCUAACUAACGUAUUGCUCCUGAGUCAAAUCGCAGGAUACGUGAUCGGCCUCAUCCUGUCUCUAUGCAUCAUUGUACCGAUGAGCAUGCAUCAGGAUGAAUUCAGUGGGCACUGUUUGCUGUUCUCUAAGGGUACCUGGCAAGAGGAGGAUGGUCAGUUGUUGGUGGCCUGGGGUUCUCGAGCGUAUUGCACCUAUGUCAUAGCAGUGGGUGUACUUAUGUUCAUUGUGUGCUGUGUGCAGAUAUACAGGCUCUCCAUGUUCAUGUACCGUGGAACAGACAGUUCCUUCCUGUCUGCUUUCAUGGAGGCGGUGGGCUGUGCUGUGCUCUGUGCAUUAGCUGUCUCGGCUGCCUCAAUGGUCACACUUGGAUUCAUCACCUGGUGUCAGAACAUUGUUGAGAGAUUUCCAAGCUGCGAGGACGCGACCGGUCAAGAUAUAGAUAAGAAAGACAAAAUAUCUACCCACGGCUUCUACAUAGAAUUGGGAACUGCACAGUUCGGUGCGUGGGGCGCGUUUGCCACAUGGGUGGGUCUGGCGGUGUUCUCGACGCUCAAGCUGUGUCGCUACCACCAGCUGCAGAACAUCCAGGUGUCGAUGUAUCGCGAGCGACAGCGGCUCGUCAACGAGGGCUCCACGCCGCCUCGCACUCCCGUACUGAGCAGGGAGUGAUCGGGGGACAGUGAGACGUCGUAAUGUUUACCCGAGACGGGAUUCGCAACUACCCACAUCUAUCUGGCACAAAAUUUGCAGAACAAAUACUGACAUUUUGGGACAGAAGAUGAGGCAAAAUUUCUAACAUCCCAGUACACUAGUCAGUUGUCUUCUAUGGAAAACUGUAUAUAUUGAGAAUAUUUAGAAACGAGUUACGAGUACUGGUGUAGUUACUUAUUAAAUUACCAUUAUAAUAACAAUGCAUCGCCUGUAGAUGACACACGUCACCUGAAGGCUACAUUUUUACUCAAUAUUAACUAGCUGCUAUGGUUUUGAUAAUGCAAAUUAAUUUUGUUUAUUAAGAAAAUUGAAUUAAUAUUAAAAUCAUUCCUAAUAUUACCUAAACACUUAAGAUAACGUUGUUCCCCUGUUGGAUGUUAUUGCGCCCCUCGAUAAUAUUCUUUAACAGAUCAUUUUCUUUUUUACGUUAAGUUUAUUAAUGAUUUUGAAUGUGAUAUAUUUAUACUGUAUAAAGAAUUGAUUUAUUUAGUAGUUGAUAGUUAUUGUGUAAAGAUCUCCUUAAAAAUAAUUAUUAUAUGUUAUACUUCUAUAUAUGACGCUAGCUGGCGUUGUGCUCGCCGCUUGUACGGUACACUGUGCACGAGCAUUCGUCGUCUGCACUACCUUGCAGUCCACACUGACAGACUCGGGACGAAUAGGUAGCGCAAACCAUGGCACUGUGGGUGUGUCGGCGAUGGAAACUCGUGAUGUGUUACGUCUCUUCAGAGUCGGGGGCAGCGCGGGCCAACACGUCUUAAUAAUGAAACGUGUAAUAUGAAAUCAUGCGAUGUAAAAUAAAACGAUCGUAAUGUCA